AUGUCGACAUUAUUAAAAGCCCUCAAGCAGGAUCCCGUUGAGAUACUCUCGCAGGAUUCAUCAUCUGCCCUGCAACUAGUGAAAUCUUACCUCGAUGAAGUAAUCACGCAUGCAAAGAAGGAUGAUAUUAGUACAGAUAUAGAUGAAAUAACUGUUGAUGGGUUAGACGCAAAUCAAGUAUGGUGGCAAGCAAAAAUGGUCCUUGAUAGAGUUCAAGGUGAUUUAAUGGAGAGGAUACAAGAGCUUAAAAUUAUGACUGAUUCAGUUGAUGAAGCAGUUCCAUCUCCUGAAGGGGAAGAUGGCUCCGAAUAUGAAUCUGAAGAGGAAGUAUCUGAAGGUGGAGAGAUGUUGCCUCCAAAUUUUGAAGAGACAGUCAGCGAUAAUGAAGCCGAGGAGCUUGAAGAGAGUGACGCCCAAUAUGACAGUGCAGAGGAGGAGUUAGUAGAAAACGGAUCUAGUGAGGUUGAGAAAGAGGAGCCUGAAAUUAUCGGUGAUGCAAAUGAAGAGGAGAAUUCACAUGAAGUUCUAAGCGGUGUUAAUGACGACUUUUUCAACCUUGAGGAAUUCAACAAGCAGACUCUAGAACCCGAGGGAGGAAGGGCUGAGCAAGAAGAUGACGAAGAGAUUGACUACUUUGAAAAUGUUCCUUCAGAUGAUGAGGAAGAGGCUAUUUAUUACGAGGACUUUUUUGAUAAACCGAACACUAAAAAGAGAACGACCGGAGGCGAUAAAAAUUCUCUAAACACUAAAAAGAUUGACGACCUUGAUGAAGCAGACUACGAGGCGGCUGUUGAUUCUGCAAAGCUCGAUUUGUUUGCUGAAGAAGGCGAUGAUUCCGAAAUAGAUGAGGAUGAUAAAGAUGUGGAAGGUAAGCUCUCGACAUAUGAGAGACAACAAAUCGACAUCCAAAAUCAAAUUGAGCAGCUUGAAAAGGAUGCAGUGGCUGAAAAGAAGUGGGCUUUGAAGGGUGAAGUUGGAGCUCAAGAUCGUCCGGCGGACUCUCUAUUGACGGAGGAGGUUGAUUUUGACAGGACGGCCAAACCAGUCCCCGUAAUAACAUCAGAAGUUACUGAAUCUUUAGAGCAGCUCAUCAGGAGAAGGAUCCAAGAAUACAACUUUGAUGACCUCCAGAGAAGAGUUGUGAGCGACUUAAAUCUCAAAAAGAUGAAGCCCCAGUUUGAAUUGAGUGACCAAAAAUCAUCCAAAUCACUUGCAGACAUCUAUGAAGAUGAUUACAAGAACGUACCGCAAGAUGUCGCUGUGAGUGAAGAGCUCAAGAAAUCACACGAUGAGAUCUCGGAAAUGUUCUCCAAUCUCUGUUAUAAAUUGGAUGCGCUUUCAUCUGCUCACUUCAUACCAAAGCCUGCCCAGAAGUCUCUCGAGAUCAGAGUGGAUUCAGCGGCAAUUUCAAUGGAAGAUGCACAACCAUUGAGCAUGUCUUCCGCAUCAGCAUUGGCACCACAAGAGAUUUACAAGGUCGGAAAGUCUAACAAUACCAACGAAAUUAGAUUGAAGAACGGUGUAACGAUGUCUAGGGAUGAAUUGACACGAGAAGAUAAAAACAGACUACGCAGAGCAGCAAAGAGGAAGAGAUCCAAGAAUGCCCAGCCAGCAGCCACUAAGAAAAGCAAGAAAGAAAACGUUAUCGACACUUUGGCCAAGAAUAAAAACAUUACUGUGAUCAAUCAAAAGGGUGAGAUGCAUGAUGUCAGAGGCCGGACCAAAAGCACAAAAGGUAUGGACAACAGCAGUACUAGAGUAAAACUAUAA